AUGCAGGGCGGCUGUCACGCCGAUGGAUACGGUUAUGCGGAAGUCGUUGUGGGCGCCGGCGAGGUCGGACCGUUUCAACACGGGGAACGCCUCGAGAGUCUUGCUCCGCAUCAGGGAGUGGGAGCUCUCGAUGCCCUCAUUGCCGGCAAGGAAGUCGUAGCACUUGGUCCCCAACCAGUAGUGAGAGGCCUUGCACCACCAGUCGAUGGGGAGCAAGAUACUUGCGUUCCUUGA